AUGCCCAAGUCUCGCAACUCCAUAUCCCGAACUACGCGUUUUCGGCGAAAACCAUAUUCACAUCUUCCGGAUCGAGCACCUCUCCCUGAUCUGGUUGCUUUGCAUGAAAAUGGAACUUUGUUUUCGGAUCCGAGGGCGAUGACGGAGAGUGCUACAGAGGAGGAAAGUGCUGGAACUCGGAAACGCAAGUCAAGGAGAGAGUCGAAUGCAGUACAGCCAAAUCUCCACCUCCGAGCCUCUAACCCAGAGUCCCAAUCUGAAGAAGAUGAACUUGCAAACUCACAGAGUAGACACAAUACACCCUCGCACUUCCCAGAAAACGAACACCUUACCUAUCCACCUACCCCCUCAAACCCCCAGUCCAACAUUCAGCAGAACCGCUUCCCCUCUUCAAAUUCCUCCAGCACAACAAAAACAAACUCAAUAUCUCCUCACUCCCUCCGUCAACGACGUCGCGGACUUCCCGAUCUGCGCAUCAUCACAUCACCUACUCGUCUCGCCGAGCUGAAAAAUGGAAAUCUCAACAACACGUUCAUGGAAAUCCCUCUUCCUGAGUUAAAGCAGAGAGAACUGGAGACUCAAACGACACAGGCGCACCAAGAACUUCGCUUCCAAAACCCCAUCUCUGAAUCCCAAACCCACAGAGAUAAUUGGAGAAGCCAAGAAAGUGAAAAUCAUAACCGCAAAACCCGCGACCACUACGUCCCCAAUCCUCCCAGACAACAGCGAAAAAUCCGCUUACGCAAAAACGGACCUCCCCGUCCCCAUCCUCGCACUCGAUACUCGUUCAUAUCCGAAUCUCCAGAUACAUCGCCAGAUAUAAGCAGCCCCACCCCCAACCCCAACUCACCACCGUUCCCAAACCCAAACCCUGAAAUGCCUUCCCCAAACCGUAUAAUCCCAUCAACGCUCUCUCCAAAUGUCUCUCCCCCACCCCCACAACUCCUCCCAGCCCCUCUCGCUAACCCCCUCACACCCACCCAAUACAUUUCCGCCAUCCUCGCUCUUCGCGCCUCGACUCGGAAUCCUGAUCAUUUCCCCUUACCACCUGGUAUCCAACAUUCUGAAAAUUUGUCACAGCAGCAGCAGCAGCAGAAGAAGAAUAAGAAAGAGAGGGAGCGAGCAAUCCACUUCCUCGCGCUGCAGAUGGAACAGGUAGAAGAUGCGAUACGGCUUGAGGGGGCGCCAGAGGAGGCAAGGGAGGUGUAUUAUGCGCAGUUUGCGAGGGGGGAGGAUUGA